CCCCCCCCUCUCUAUUUCUCCUCCUCCUCCUCUUCUCUAUUGCUCUCGUUCGCUCCAUCCUCCCCGGCAGUCAGAGGCUACACAGAAGCACGCACGGACAGCAGGAUGUCCAUUGUGAGUAUCGUUGCCAGGGAGAUCCUGGACUCCCGGGGAAACCCCACUGUUGAGGUGGACCUGAGGACUGAGAAAGGUGUUUUCAGGGCUGCCGUGCCCAGUGGAGCAUCCACAGGGAUCUACGAGGCUCUGGAGCUCCGGGAUGGAGACAAAAGCCGCUACAUGGGGAAAGGUGUACUUAAGGCUGUCGGUCACAUCAAUGACACCCUGGGGCCUGCACUCAUCGCUUCAGGUAUCAGUGCGGAGGAACAAGAGAAAUUGGACAACCUGAUGCUAGAGAUGGAUGGCACAGAAAACAAGUCUCAGUUUGGUGCUAAUGCCAUCUUGGGCAUCUCACUAGCCAUUUGUAAGGCUGGUGCAGCAGAGAAAGGUGUCCCCCUGUAUCGUCAUAUCGCUGACCUGGCAGGGAACACAGAACUAGUGCUGCCAGUUCCAGCUUUUAAUGUCAUAAAUGGAGGCUCUCAUGCCGGGAAUAAGCUGGCCAUGCAGGAGUUCAUGGUGCUUCCGGUUGGGGCCGAGUCGUUCCGUGAUGCGCUGCGAAUCGGUGCAGAGUUGUAUCACACCCUGAAGGCCGUCAUCAAAGACAAGUAUGGCCAGGAUGCCAUCAAUGUGGGCGAUGAGGGUGGCUUCGCACCCAACAUCCUGGAGAACAGUGAAGCUCUUGAGCUCCUGAAAACAGCCAUAGAGAAUGCUGGCUUCACGGAUAAGAUUGUUAUUGGAAUGGAUGUGGCCGCCUCAGAGUUCUACCGCGAGGGGAAGUAUGACCUGGACUUUAAGUCUCCGCCCGACCCUGAGAGACAUAUCAGCGGAGAGGAGCUCUCUGAAAUCUACCAGGGCUUCGUCAAUGACUACCCAGUGGUGUCCAUCGAGGACCCCUUCGACCAGGACGACUGGGCAGCGUGGACACAACUCACGGCCUCCGUGGGGAUCCAGGUUGUCGGGGACGACUUGACGGUAACCAACCCAAAGAGGAUAGAGAAGGCUGCAGAGGAGCGUGCCUGCAACUGCCUGCUGCUCAAGGUCAACCAGAUCGGCUCCGUGACCGAGGCCAUUCAAGCGUGUAAGCUUGCUCAAGCCAAUGGAUGGGGGGUUAUGGUCAGCCAUCGUUCUGGAGAGACAGAAGACACCUUCAUCGCUGACCUGGUGGUGGGACUCUGCACUGGACAGAUCAAAACUGGUGCUCCUUGUAGAUCUGAACGACUGGCCAAGUACAACCAGUUGAUGAGGAUUGAGGAGGAGCUGGGUGACCAGGCUCGUUUUGCUGGCCACAAUUUCAGAAACCCCAGCGCCCUGUGAGACUGACACUUCUGCACAGACCCACAGAAAGAGAGACAGAAAGAGAGACAGAAAGAGAGACAGACAGAGAGACAGACAGACAGACAGACAGACAGACAGACAGACAGACAGACAGACAGACUGACUGACUGACUGACUGACUGACAUACAGACGAUAUGCACAGGACAGCCAUGACAAAUUGACUGAGACCAACCAACAGGACAUAAUGCACUAAACAAAAUAAGGACACGGGGAUAGGGUGCAAGAUAAGCAUAUAUAGUAUAAGACUAGACUGCAAGAUCACUCAUAAAAAAGUAAUAAUUAUAAUAAAAGUAAUAAUAAUUAUCACAUUAAUAAAAGAACAUAUAUAACAUAUAUAUAAUAAUUUUGACAAAUGAAACCACUGCUGUAGAGUAUAAACUAAAUUAGAAAUGAACCAAGUAGUACAAGUAGACCCUCUUAGAAAAUACCCUGAUAACAACUUAGACAAGGCAACUGACCGACAUACACUGACUGCAAUUUGAGACAGAAUAUAGACGACGCACAAAUGAACAGAGGAAUACUGUGAAUCGAUAGAAUGAAGGUGCACACUGACAAACUAUUGUACUGUAGAUAUGAAGCCUGAAGCACAAAAAAAUUAUAAAAGCGAGGAUUGAAGGUCUUGUGGUGCAACACAUCAAAUGACUGGACACACACACUUACAGUCUGACACACACGCGCACACACACACACAUUUACACAGACACAGCUACACAACAUGUAGCACACAGUCUCACCCUCUGUCACCUGUGAAAGACACACACACAUACACACGUUCACAACUGCACUUUUUUCUCCUAUUUUCCUCUCUGUCGAUUGCAAUUGCAUCACUGUUUUUCCUGUUCUUUUUCAUGUCCCCCUUCUCUUCUCCUCGUUGCUAUUGCUAUGAUUGACUUGGCCUGUCCCUCCAUGCUUGUUCCACUUCCCUCCCCCCCCAACAACCUCCUUUUCAUUGUUUAUCUACCUGUAGAAUCACUGUGGUUUGAAAAAAAAGAGAAGAUUUUAAGAAAAUCUGUAAAUGAAGCGAACAUUAAAUUAUGCCAUCAAUAAAACAUUUUCAUCAUUUACUUCAACCACA